CUGUCAACCAGGAAGUCCUCAAUAAGACGCAUUCACUAUCCAGAUGCAGAGGAAUGGGCUGGGCAUCUUUCUGCCAUGAGUAAGAGGAAGUCUUGUGUCCACAAUGUUGUAAACCCGUCUAAGACUCCUAGGACAGAUGGCAAAACACAUGUUCAGGAUGAGGAGGAGGUUGAUGAGGAGGAUGAAGUCCAGCAAGAUCAGUCACUCUCUGCUUCGAGCGUGGGAGAUAUCGGCGUGAUAGAAAGUAUCACUUUGAGGAACUUUAUGAGCCACCAUUUGCUCGGGCCUUUCAAAUUUGGACCAAAUGUAAACUUCAUUGUUGGGAACAAUGGAAGUAAGAGCUAG